AUGUAUCUAUUUCUCUGCAACUUGUCCAUUAUUGAUAUGUGUUACACAACUGCCAAUAUUCCAAAACUCCUCUACAUCUUAUUGUCUGGGAAUAACUCCAUAUCCUUCACUCAAUGCUUUAUCCAGAUGUAUUUUAUUUUUAUGUCAGGCAUUACUGAGAACACACUUAUAUUUAUAAUGGCGUAUGAUCGAUGCGUUGCAAUUUGUCACCCUUUAUACUAUCACCUUAUACUUAACAAGAAAAUCUGUCUAUUAUUAAUGAUGGUCAGCUGGAUGAGUGGUUGUUUAAAUUCAUCUUUACUGACAAGUUCCAUCUUAAAAAUGAUUUUCUGUUCUUCUCUUACCAUUCACCAGUUCUUCUGUGAUGCUAAAGCGCUCAUCAAUAUUGCCUGCGUUGGUACUGAUAUGUUUUAUAUCAUCAUGUAUAUAGAGUUUUUAUUAUUUGGACUCUGUCCAGUUAUGUGCAACUUGAUGACAUAUCUAAAGAUUAUCAGGGUCAUACUACAUAUUAAAUCUAAGGAUAGCAGAGGAAAAGCCUUCUCCACCUGUUCAUCCCACCUCACUGUUAUGGCCAUCUACUAUGGAUCUGGUGCAUCUGUAUACAUGAUACCACCAUCAGACCUCUAUGAACAGAUCUUAACCAUUUUCUACACCACAGUGGUCCCCGUGUUGAACCCUCUCAUAUACAGUCUACGGAACAAAGACUUUAAAAAUUCUUUGUGGAAAUUGUUGUCAUAA